UGAAAAGGAGAUACUAGCGUCAGCAACCUUGCUAUCCCCUAAGAUAUUGAUGCUGCAUUGCUCAAUCUUGCCCAAGAAAUCCUACGAGUGCUUCCCCGCUUAGAUAAGCAACCCCGGCUCGGAGCCCAAAUCCUUGCGACGCCUGGCCGUGACGAAACCAUUUUCCGGAACAGCAGGCUUUACAAAACUCAGGCAAACACGCAAAAUUAAUCUAGACAUACUCAUUGGGACUUUGCAACACACAUACUCGAAGAUGCGUCGCUCUGUAUUGCGGGCUGUCGAGUCCGCGAAGCCGAUUACUCGCGUGCCUCGCUCAGCUGCGUCGAGAAGCUUUUCCACCGCUACAGACGGGUCUAAGGACCCCGCAGAAUUAGAUCAGAUCACUACCCUGCCGAACGGAAUCCGCGUCGCUACCGAAUCCCUGCCAGGCCCUUUCGCUGGAGUUGGUGUCUAUGUUGACGCUGGAUCCCGCUAUGAAGAUGAGAGCCUGCGCGGUGUGAGCCACAUCAUGGACAGACUGGCCUUCAAGUCCACCAAGGCACACUCCGCCGAUGAGAUGCUAGAAACUCUGGAGAAUCUCGGCGGCAACAUUCAAUGCGCGUCUUCCCGUGAGUCGCUGAUGUACCAGUCGGCUAGCUUCAACUCUGCAGUUCCCUCGACGCUCGGAUUACUGGCGGAGACCAUCCGUGAUCCUCUCAUCACCGAGGAAGAGGUGAUUCAGCAGCUGGCCACCGCGGAAUAUGAGAUCGGCGAGAUUUGGUCCAAGCCCGACCUCAUCCUGCCGGAGCUGGUGCACACGGCGGCCUACUCGAACAACACUCUGGGAAACCCACUGCUCUGCCCGGCGGAGAGACUGGGAGAGAUCAACAAAUCGGUCGUGGACAAGUACCGGCAGACUUUCUUCAACCCUGAGCGCAUGGUGGUUGCCUUUGCCGGCGUGGAGCAUGACAAGGCGGUUAAGCUCACGGAGCAGUACUUUGGUGACAUGAAGUCGAACAAGCCGGUUCUUUCGGGAACCGGUGUCGAGACUACUUUGUCUCAUUCCGAAUCGACUCUGGGGGAGGGACAGGUGCCCACAGUCCCUCAAUUCACGCCAUCUUCGACUGUUUCUACCACACCCCCGACCUCCAAGUCGGGAAUUCUCUCGAAACUCCCCUUCUUGAAAAACCUCAGCCUGUCCGGCUCGCAGAACGAUGCCGCCUCGCCGCUUGAUCCGUCGCUAGUGCAGUCAACGACUCUAGACUUGACUCGGCCUUCUCACUACACCGGCGGCUUCCUCUCUCUACCCCCCAUCCCUCCGCCAGCCAACCCGAUGUUGCCUCGUCUGAGCUACAUCCACCUUGCCUUCGAGGCCCUUCCAAUCUCAAACCCUGACAUCUACGCCCUCGCUACUCUCCAGACCCUCCUCGGAGGCGGCGGCUCCUUCUCGGCCGGUGGUCCCGGCAAGGGCAUGUACUCCCGUCUCUACACCAACGUGUUGAACCAGCACGGGUGGGUGGAGAGCUGCGUGGCGUUCAACCACAGCUACACGGACAGCGGUAUUUUCGGAAUCUCCGCGUCCUGCAGCCCCACGCGCACGACCGAGAUGUUGGAGGUCAUGUGCCGUGAGUUGCAGGCCCUGACCCUUGACAACGGCUAUUCCGCGCUUCAGCCCCAGGAGGUUGAGCGUGCAAAGAACCAGCUCCGCUCCUCGCUUCUCAUGAACCUGGAGUCGCGUAUGGUAGAGUUGGAGGAUCUCGGACGCCAGGUCCAGGUCCACGGCCGGAAGGUGAGCGUCAAGGAGAUGUGCCGGCACAUUGAGGGCUUGACGGUGCAGGACCUGCGUCGGGUGGCUAGAAAGGUCUUCGGUGGUCAGGUCCAGAACCCUGGCAAGGGCAGCGGAAAGCCCACCGUCGUCCUGCAGGAAGGCGAGCUUGAAGGGUACAAGCUGCGCCCGUUCCCUUGGGGAGAGAUCCAGGAGCGGAUAGCCAGAUGGCAGUUGGGAAGACGGUAGCUUGGAGAACGAAUGAUCAUUGAGGUUCCUAGUUCAGCGAACCUCAAGCAAAGUAUAGCGUCCAGGAAAGGAUUAUUUCCUGGAAGCAGGUUGGGAUAGAGCAGGCUUUCCACAAAUUCUUCACUCUAUGUAAUUAGAUAUAGCCAUGAACCUCAAUCAAAGUGUACCAUAGAC